GUCCAUGGGCAACUCCAAGAGAGGAAAGUCAGAUGCCCAAGGUCCAGGCUGCCCUCUUGGACCACAGGCGAGCUGCCCCUCUCUCUGGCUGCGUGCACCAAACAGUGGGAUGUGGUGAGCUACCUCCUGGAGAACCCGUACCAGCCCGCCAACCUGCAGACUGCCGACUCCCUGGGCAACACUGUCCUGCAUGCCCUGGUGAUGAUUGCAGACAACUCUGAAGACAACAGCGAACUGGUGAUCCGCAUGUACGACGCACUGCUCAGGGCAGGGGCCCGCCUCUGCCCCAGCGUGCAGCUGGAGGACAUCCAAAACCUGCAGGGCCUCACGCCCUUGAAGCUGGCUGCCAAGGAGGGCAAAAUUGAGAUUUUCAAGCACAUCCUGCAACGGGAGUUCUCGGGGCCAUGCCAGUCCCUUUCCCGAAAAUUUACCGAGUGGUAUUAUGGGCCUGUCCGGGUAUCACUGUAUGACCUGGCCUCUGUGGACAGCUGUGAGGAGAACUCAGUGCUGGAGAUCAUCACCUUUCACUGCAGGAGCCCACACCGAUAUAGAAUGGUGGUUCUGGAGCCACUGAACAAACUCCUGCAAGCCAAAUGGGGUCAGUUCAUCCCCAGGUUCUGCUUCAACUUCCUGUGUUAUCUGAUCUACGUGCUCAUCUUCACCACUGUUGCCUACCACCAGCCAGCCCCGGACCAGGCAAGGGCAGGGAGAGAAUUGGAUCCCUUGUCUGGAAACCCCGUGCUCCUGCUGGGCCACAUCUUCAUCCUGCUUGGGGGGAUCUACCUCCUCAUUGGCCAGCUGUGGUACUUCUGGCAGCGCCGCCUGUUCAUCUGGAUCUCCUUCGUGGACAGCUACUUUGAAAUCCUCUUCCUGGCUCAGGCCCUGCUCACCGUGCUGUCCCAGGCCUUGUGUUUCAUGCCCAUUGAGUGGUACCUGCCCCUGCUUGUGUCCUCGCUGGUGCUGGGCUGGCUGAACCUGCUGUACUACACACGUGGCUUCCAGUACACGGGCAUCUACAGCGUCAUGAUCCAGAAGGUUAUCCUGCGGGAUCUGCUCCGCUUCCUGGUGGUCUAUUUAGUCUUCCUUUUUGGCUUUGCUAUAGCCCUGGUGAGCCUGAGCAGGGAGGCCCGGGGACUCAGGGGCCCUGCAGGCCUCAAUGGCACACAGGCCUCCCAGCCAGGGAUGGAACAGAAGGAGGAGGAGGAGGCCCCGUAUAACAGCAUCCUGGAUGCCUCGUUGGAGCUCUUCAAGUUCACCAUCGGCAUGGGUGAGCUGGCCUUUCAGGAGAAGCUGCGCUUCCGUGGGGUGGUGGUGCUGCUGCUGGCCUACGUGUCCCCCAGUCCUAGGACCAUCCUCCUGGGGGCAGGCUGCUGGCUGAGGUGCUGUGGCUGCUCUCAUGGUGGACUUGGAGGUAAACAGGCGAAUCACAGCCGCUUGGCGACUCUCUUUUUGUGCCAUCAGAAAGCUGCUAAAUCUGUUUCUAAGCUGGGCAGCAAGCCAAGGCACAGAAUGUACGUGUGAGUGAGACCAGCCUCGGCAAUUUAUCAAGACCUCAACUCAACAACAAACGCAACCAUAGGAUGAAUAUUAUCAUGAUAUAUAUCUAAAACAUGCCAAGAAAAUGAAUUAUUUAAAAAAAAUAAAAAACAAAGUGUUGAGGAAAAAAAGAGAGGAGAUGAGCUGAAAACUCACUGCAACAUGUCUUGUAGUUUAGUUUGCUUUGAGCUCAUUGGUUCAGCUGAGACUCUGGAAUAUUACACACCCCUCUCUGCACCCCAGGUUUAUGCUAUUUUCCAUGCUAUUUUCUGUAGGACAGCCAGAGGGGUCUUCCUAGGACACAAGGCAAACUUGUCACCCUUGUGCUCUGGAGGCCUGACAGGUUCCUCAGGGCCUAGACAAUGUCCUUGCAGGUAUCCCCAACCCUCCAGUCUUCCCCUGUGUCCCUGCUGCCUGUAGGGGAAUCUGGUGAAAGGUCCUUAGAAGUUUGAUCAUCUCUUCCCUGCUAGUCCUCCCAGUGCUGGGAACUGAAGGCAGGCCCUGCAAAUGUUAAGCAAGUGCUCUCUCACAGUCAUUCUCCAGCUCUAACCAAAUUCAUCAGGCAAGCUGAGGGUCCUUGUGUUUGAUCCUUUGACUUAGGUCAUUCUAGAAGAAGCAUUUAAACCCUGCUUCUUUCUGAAAGUAAUCCUUUUAUGUCAAGUGUUCCAUUUUUGGAAGGACACCUAACUUUGGAAGUUUAUGAAAAGUUUUCUCUUCAAAUUCUUGUGCCUUGACAUUUUCUAGGUAACAAAAACACUAUCUUUCAGAGCAAGUGGGUUAUCUCAAAAUUUCCUCCUUCGAGUUUUCUGGAGUCAAAAUGAAUUGCUCUCUCUUGGUAUAACGUUUGUGUACAAAAGGUGUGCACAGGCAUGGGUUUUUUUUUCUUUCCUUUUGUGUGUGUGUGUUUUUAUGUGUGAUCGAGAUGCAACCCCGGGUCUCAAACAUACUAGGAUCUCCCUUGAUUGCUCAAGCUGGUCUCAAACUUGUUAUCUUCUACCUCAGCCUCUCAGGAUGCUGGGAUUACAGACGUGAGCUACCAGGUCUGGCUAAGAUUAAGUACUUUUAAAAAUAAUAGGAGAAACCUCACCAUGUUCACAGACUGAAAGGAAACCAUCAGCAGAGAUCGAGUUUUGAAUUAUAAAUAAGAAAGAGGGUGGACAGAAAGUCUGGAGAAGCAGGAGAGCAAAGGAAGAUGUAGGUCCCCAAAACGGAGAGGAAGAGGGGCUUCAAGUGGACCCAGACUUCUGGUUGCUCCUUCAGGGUCAUCCUUACAAUGAAGGAUGCCAGUGUGCAAGGGGUCUGAAGGUUCCGCGGAAAUUCUGGGGCAGCUGUGGGGAGACAGUAGACUGCCCCGAUUAGAUUCAGGAGCAGAAACUAUUUCUGAGAGCUUGCUCUGUGUCCAGGGUCUGCAUUCCACACAUGCGGUCUCAUCUAAUACUCACAGCUAACUUUUGGGGCCCUUGUGUCUCCAUUUUUAUCCUCAGCCAUCCGAAUUCACCAAGGUUAAAGCCGAACUCGACGCCAGAUGACCAAGACACAGACAACUUCGCGCAAACCUUGGCGCAAGCACUCACUCACUUCAUUACCCAGAAUCCUCUUUGGCGUGGACGAGACCAUUAGCUUAGUAGGAUGGGGGGAGAAUCCGGGGGAGAUCCGGACCGGAAGUUCCCGUGAGUCUUUGCCAGACUCACCCUGUGUUACGUGAGCCGUGGGACGUUCUGGGUCUUUAAGUGCUGCGGGUUCUAGCAGAGCGGUCUUUUCGCUACAGUGACCGUGAGUGUUGUCUGUGGCCGCGUUGUGUAGAAUGCUGCGAGCUGCGACUCACAUACCGCAUGUUUCUCGGCGGAGCCACCGCCGCAGGAGUGUGAGGUUUGCGGAGAGCAGCUUUCUGUUUCUGCACCCUCCAGGAGGAGUGCACAGACCUGAAAAGCUGGAUGUCGGACUCAGUGCAGAAUAUUGAAGAUGGGAGCAGCAUCUCAUGAAGUCGGGUUGCAGACUGUCAGGAUACCAACAGCGUUGUAUCACUGGCCCCUUAAGUCACCUGGAGGGCUGCUGGACAAAGGCUGCAGUGGCAAAUUUUUGCUCAAAACCUGUUAGAGAACUGGCUUUGGAUCAGGUUUUGGGAUCAGUGCUGGAGUGCAGUUUGAGAGCUGGCAGCAGCACAGCCCAGCAGGAGGUGAAGGAUCUGAAGCUGCUGUUGAUUCUGUUUGAGAAUCUAAAUGGCUGGAAUGUUUGGUGUGGAAGAAACAAGCUGCUCACCUGUGUCAGAGCCCUUCUCAACAGAACUGAUGUCUGGCCAUUUUUUUAGGACAGCGCGGCACACUGAGUCUUUGAUUAAUCUACCCAACAGAGGAGCUUGUGUGUUUUUGGACAAGUUUAUGUUUACAAAUGUUGUUAUUAAAUACUAUUUUAAUAAAGAACAUUCUUUUGUAUUAGAAA